UGUAGCUAUUCAAUGCGGUGCGAACCGGAUUCAUGUGGAGGUACAGCAGGACUCGUUUAGCAAUGGUGAACUGAUCCAGCCAUCUGGUCUGACUCUGGGAGGAUGUCCUGUUGUCAGUUUGGUCCCAGGCUCUAAGGUGCUCUUCUUUGAGAAUGAACUGCAGGACUGCAACAGUGUCUUGAUGAUUCAGGGAACCAUCCAUGGGACGGUUGUCUUUUAGUGGGAAAGACUCUUAAUAACUGCUUACUCGGGUAACCAAGUGUUAUGGCAUGACUUGCUAAGAUGCCUUUUGGAAUGGGUUCUCUUUUUCGGAGAACCCUCUUGGUAACAAGGUCAGUCUCCUAUAGAUGACCUAGGAUGAGCUUGUCUACACCUUUGCCCUUACCUACACUCCUGAGGUGUUUGCUGGCACUCAGAUUACCCGUGCAGGUGGUGCAGUUAUUGGAGUUCAAUGCCACUAUCAAAGGUUUCAAAAUGUCAGCAGUAGUGCCUUGAAGCCAACUUGGAUCCCUUAUGCCUCACUGGAGGCUGAAGAAGUCAAGAAGUCAACACUCAAGAAGUCUUGGUGUUCUCCCUGAAGCUCAUGACUGAUGACUGGUCCUAUGAGAGGCCUUCAAACUCUUACUUCCUGGGUGACGUUAUUAAUGUCGAGGCAUCUGUGAAGGUAUACAACCACGUCCCUCUGCGUGUGUUUGUGGACCGCUGUAUGGCCACCCAAGUACCUGAUGUGAACGCCCUUCCGAGAUAUUUGUUCAUUGAGAAUCAUGGAUGUCUUGUGGAUGCCAAGGUCACAGCUUCCAGCUCGCGCUUCGUGCCUCGAUCCCAGGAAGACAAAAUCCGGUUCCAGCUGGAGGCCUUCAUGUUCCAGGGGGGAUCCAGUCCUUCUAUCUACAUGACGUGUGUUCUGAAGGCCACUCUUGCUUCUGCACCUAGUGACGCGCUCCACAAAUCCUGUUCUUUGCCAAUGGGUGGCUUGCUGCUGAUGGGAACAACCAGGUUUGUGGUUGCUGUGACUCAACAUGUGGUCCUGAUGGUGGAACUGCUGCUUCUCCUUUUGGAGGCCUUCAGUGGGAAGGGAAGGCCUCGCUCAGUCCUGUAGUGGUUCAAGAGCACAAGAAGACUUUAGCUGGUCUUCAAUAAAUGUGGGGGAGCAAACUUA